UUUUUCCACCAGCAGUUCACAGAAAACGAAAGUGACUCCUAACUCCCUCUCCCUGCGUGGGUGUGUGUGUGUGCCGGCUUUAUUUGUGUCACUGUUCAAUAUGUAGCUCGGAAAUAUACGAAUCUCCAGUGCAAACACCUACUUUACUUUCUUAUCUCGUCAUGGAGAGUGGUGCAGGAGCAAGCAUGCAGCAGAACGAUGAGAAAAGUGUGGAGAAACUCAUGGACGAGCAGCUGAGAGCGAAAGGACUCUACCGCAAGAAGAUAGCCAAGGACGGCUCGUGCUUAUUCAGAGCUGUGGCUGAGCAGGUGCUGCACUGUCAGAGUCUGCACACGCGGGUCCGGGCCGAGUGUGUGAAAUACCUCAGACAGAAACGGGACCUGUAUGAGUCGUUCAUCGAAGGUGAUUUUGAGGAAUACCUGCACACGCUUCAGGAUCCUCAGAGCUGGGUUGGACAAGUGGAAAUAAGCGCUCUGGCUGUUCUUUAUAAGCAUGAUUUUAUCAUCUAUCAGCAGCCUGGAGAGCCUCCAGUGAACAUCACGGAGAACGGCUACCCUAAUAAGGUAUUGCUCUGCUUCCUCAAUGGGAACCAUUACGACUGUGUUUACCCGAUAUCUUCUGUCAGAAACGCUGCUCUGUGCCAGUCGAUCCUGUACGAGCUGCUGUAUGAGCGUGUGUACGGCGUGGACCGAAGCGUGUUGACGCCAAGCCUGAGGGUGUCCAAAGCAAACAAUGAGGCCAUUGAGACGGAGGAGCGUGAGAGCAGCGGGGACUCCGACCUGGACGAGGGAGAGGAUUUCUGGUCCAGUGAAGCUACAGGCAAGACAGCUGGUGUGAACAACAGGACAGCUUAUAAGGGUCGUGGGCGGGGCCAAGCCAGAGGACUAGGGCGAGGCUGCCUGCUUCGUAAGGUGCAGGAGUCCCUGAGCCCCACCCUCUUCAGGAAUGUAGAGUAUGAAGUGUGGCUGCGCUCAAAACGAGUUCAGCAGAGGAGGGAUUUCUGCAUGGCAGCCGGGAUGCAUUACAAGGCUGGAGACAAGUGCCAGGUGCGGUUGAAUAAUACCGAUCGCUUCUACAGUGCCUACAUUCAGGACGUCAGCCCUGAUGAUGGACCUGUCACUGUCUUCAUCGAGGAGCUUGGAGAGAAGUACAGUGUUUCACUGUGGAACCUGCGCACUCCUUCAGAAGACUCCUGGUCUACAGUGCCGGAAAAAAGCAAAAGACAAACUGCAUCCAGCAGCAACGGGCCCACAGAGCGGGACACCAGACCUGGGAGGAAGCCCAUGAGGUCAGUGUCACAUGGUCCUACAGCAUCCUCAGGCUCCACCCCUGGCAACCGCAUACAACAGCAGCAUUCUUGGCCCCCGCAGGCCAUCGUAGAGCCUCAAUCAGUAGGAAAGAAUGGUAGCAGCAGGAGGAGUGAUCAGGGCGCAGGGGGGUUGUCUGUGUUGCCUGUAGAGGAAGACGAACAUGCGCUGCUGGAGCUCCUGAACAAAGAUGAGGAGAAUUUCCCGACACUUGAAGCCAGUGCACAGGCUGCUAGUGUUGAAGGGAGUAGAAGAGCUGAGAAGAAAGGCUCCCGAAAGAAAGCUGGCUCAGAUACCAAAGAGCAAUCUCUGAACCCUAUUCACAAAGCAGAAAGAGGAAAACAGGCAAAGAAAGGUUCGGUGGAUCAAGACCAAAGAAUAUCUCCUCCCCCCAAAGAGGAACCGAACCCUACACUUUCCACUACCUUACCUGCCCCCACAGCUCCAAAGUCCACAAAAGCUGCCCCUGCAUCCACAGCAGCACCUGCCCGAGUUCCCUACAAAGCAUCAUCAUCUUUGUCUGCUCGCAUUCCCCCCAUCCAGUCUCAAACUACCCCUGCUCUGUCUACGAGACCCCCGGUUUCUUUCCACACUACCCCCAUCCAGUCUUCAACUGCCCCUGCUCCAUCUACAAGACCCCCAGAUUCUUUGCACACUACCCCCAUCCAGUCUCAAAUUGCCCCUGCUGCAUCUACAAGACCCCCGGAUUCUUGCCAGACUACCCCCAUGCAGUCUUCAACUGCCCCUGCUCCAUCUACAAGUGUGGAUUCUUUCCACACUACCCCCAUAAAGUCUCCAACUGCCCCUGCUCCAUCUACAAGACCCAUAGUUUUGUUUGAGGAUACCUCCAUUGAGUCUCAAGCUGCCCUUGAGCCAUCUGAAGUGAUCCCAGUAUCUUCUCGGUCUACCCUUAUCCAACCUCAAACUCUCCCUAUGCUUGCCACAUCUGUACCUACCCCAGUAUCCUCUCAUUGUACCCCCACCCCUUGUCUUGCUUUGCCCAAGCCCAUCCCUUUGACACCACCCUCAUUACCCCAGAACUCCUCUCAAACAAUUCAGUCCCAAGUCUCAGAUCCAACUACCGCAGUAACUACCCCUGUGCCCUUGAACCCUGUUCCAGAAGCUACUACCACCCCUAUUCCUUCUCAAUCAACCACAGUACCUUUAUCUCCAGCCACACCUGCCCCUAACCCUGUAUCUACCCCAUUAUCUUCCCCUUCCUCUGCUCAGACUGCUCCUGCAUCCACUCAUGCCCUUUCCCAAACUACUUCAGUAACCGCCCAGGGACCUGUCCCUGCACCAUCUCAAAUUACUUCUGCCGCUGAGGUGUCUGGUUCAGCAGAUCUUUCUGCUGCCUCAAAAUCUCCUCCUGCUCCGACGGCAUCUGAGCAGUCUGAUGCAGCUGGUGUACACACUCCUGUCCAUGUCCCCCACUCCAUUACUCCUCCAGCUCAACCUUCUCUUGCCCCCUCUUACCCUGUUGGGUUUGGUAUUCAUCUGCCUUAUCCACCCUACCCCCCAUAUCCAGCCCCUGUGCCAUCUUUAUCUCCAAAUAUAUCUGCCUCCAUGCCAGAUCCAUGUCUUCCUCCUGCUGUCCCAACUCCAUCUUUCUCUCAUGCUGCCGAGUCCUACCUGUAUGAACCUGCAGUCUCCCCUGUUACAGCAGGUUCUGGAGGUGCCAUAGUGCCCGAUCUCACACUCGCACAGCUUUGCCAAGACAUGCUUUACCCCGGUUUUCCCCAGAAUGAAAAGGAUGAACCUGUCCAGCCUCCACCAUUCUCCCGCCACAAUACUGGAAAAGACCUGCCAAGUGAUACAAGUGUCCUUAGAUUCUUCUUUAACCUUGGGCUUAAGGCAUACAUGUAUCAGAUGUUGCCUCCAGUUACCUACCUGGCACCACUGUUUCAGGCCUACCACCACAUGCAGCUCAAAGUCUCUCCUUCUCCUGUAUCUUGGCAACCAGACAACAACUCUAGACCAAUUUUUCCUUCCCCCAAUCCUUCCCCUGCUGGGAGCACUCCUGUUAGUCAUUUCGAGGUAAGGGGCAUGGUCCGCACCCCUUCUCCGAUGGAAGUCGGGGUGUUCGGCCAUCAUUCAGUGCCUAUGCAGAUGCCAUUGCCCAUUGCCUCCCAUCCCCCUGUAUAUGCAGGUAUGCAUUCAGUGCCCCCUGCUGGUCCAUCACUACAGUAUUCUGCCCCUCCCCCCUCUGUAGGGCCUCAGCAUCUCUCUGUCCCCCCUCCCCGACAUUAUGGGAUGGAGAUCCCCUUGCCGACAGUGCCACCAAUAAUGGAAGGAGGUCAGGGGGAACAAAGGUCUUUGACUCCACAGGUAGAAAAACCAUUUUGGGCAGGUCAAGGUCAACAACAUUCAGAGGGUGGAGACAUCAAGCCAGGGGCUGUCCCUGUUACCAUGGAGAGACAGUACAGUAGUGGAGCUCAAGCAGCUCUUAGUGGUGGUGUGCCGAGUAAAGGGGCGGAGACGACAAUGUUGGCCAAUGGAAACAGACGAGAGAAGGGUGGUGGUUUUGUAGGAUCCUCAUUGGAAGACUGGGAGACAGACAAGGUGGAGUUUGGUGAUGCAGAUCUUAAAACUGGGAGGAGCUACCACAGUCAGUUGUACAAAUCUGGAGGUAGGCACAGCCAGGAUGACCGAGGAGGAUUCAGGGGGCGUGGUUCACGUGGACGGAGAGAUUAUACAGUAUGGGGAAGACAAGACCACAGAGGGUCUGGUGGGAGGAACAGGGUGCGUGGCUACAAUAACACCAGACAGACAGGAUACCCAAGCGGGCAGUUCACACCUGCAUCCCAAAGCUGACAAUCACUCGUUUCUUUUGCUAUAAAUUCACUUGGAAUUGGGUGAGGUGUUGUUUUUUAAAACUUUCUUUUUUUAAUUUAAAACUGUUUCUUUUUUGCUGCUGUGUGUUCCCAGAAAGGCGUAUCCACUCUGUAUUUAUAUGUUUUCGUGUGUAUAUUAAAGGUAAUAAAAGCUUGAAGCUGUGGUGAUUUUUCUCCACGCAGUGAAAUAUGGAGACGAACACCUUUUGGACGGCGCUAAACAUGCACCGUAUCUCUCACAUGAAAAGCAAUGACUGCACACACUUCACAUUCAUCUCACUGAGGACGUGAAUGUGACGAUCAGGACUUCACCCGAAUCUCGCUUAUGAGCUUUUGUUUACUGGUGGUUUGAACUUUAGACGUACAUUCAUGGCCUGUUCGAAUCAAGUCAGUCAUGUAACAGGAAAAUGGCAUAACUCCAAGACCCUGUUUUUUUUUUUGUUGCAACAGAUAUAUACUGUAGAUUUUGUUGUUUUUUUUAAAUGUAUUGUUCUCUACUUGUGAAGGAGUGAUUCAGCAAAAAAUUCAAAAUUACCCAAUUUGCCACCUCCAAAUGUAGUCCAUCAGCUAGGACAAUAUCCCCUGUUUGCUUCUUGAAUUCUGCUUUCAUACUUGGCAGUUUUUCUCAGAAAAGGUCCUAGCUGGAGCAUUUUUCUGUUUAUAUGAAGAAAAGAAAAGCGUUUUAUGCAAAAUGCCCACUGUAACCAUAACAACGCUGUUACCAGUCCUAGCUAGUAUAAGCUAACUAACUAGUAUAGCUUGUUCUUUAGGUUAGAUUUAUUAUUAUCAGUGAUGCAGAUGAAAUAGUUUGGUGUAACUGGUGAUGAGGAGGUUGUUUGUUUUCGCUGUAGCUUUGGAGGUAGGAAAUUAGGAGAAUUUGAGCGGCUUGCGUUAAGCCACAGUUCAAGUCGGACGUCUCAUCACGUACCAGUGAAUGUCCUGAACAUACACGUUAUUUUUAGUUGGAAUAUUGGCAGUGAAAUAUUUUCAUUUCGUUAUAAAUCUCAUAUUCGCUUAGAUUAAUUUUUACCUGCACUUUUACUUUUUUAUGUUCUCGCUUGCAACCUGAUUGGUCAAGAGGUUAAAAAAAUUAAAUCACUGAGCACUUUUUUUCAACUUUUGGAAGGAGGUUGAGGAAGGAAAACAUCAAUAAUAGUAAUAGCAGCCUAGGUUAUAUACCAGGUACACUAUAUAGGCAAAUGUUUGUGGCCACCUGAUCAUCAUGCCCGUAUGUGGGGUGUCCACUAGAGGUAACUAAUGGGCCCAAAACCUGUUCCAGCAUGACAGUGCCCCUGUGCACAAAGCGAGCUCCAUGAAGACAUGGUGUGUUAAGGUUGGAGUGGAAGAACUCGAGUGUCCUGCACAGAGCCCUGACCUCAACCCCACUGAACACCUUUGGGAUGAACUGGAACACCGACUGAACCCCAGACCUCCUCACCAACAUCAGUGCCUGAUCUCACUAAUGCUCUUGUAGCUGAAUGAACACAAAUCCCCACAGCCACGCUCCAACAUCUAGUGGAAAGCCUUCCCAGAAGAGUGGAGCUUAUUAUAACAGCAAAGGGGAAAUAAAUCUGGAAUGGGAUGUUCAACAAGCACAUGGGUGUGAUGGUCAGGGGUGCACAAACCUUUGACCAUAUAGGGUAUAUAUGCAAGGUUAACAUAGCUAACCAGUAAAAAUCUCACCAAAAAUCUUUUCUGCCUCAAAUCACAUUCAGCAGAACUUCCUGUAUCUAUAAACAUGAACUAAACCUAACUGUGUAGCUGAACACUGGAAUGUAAUGAGGGCUGCACUUUUAAGUUUAAAAGUAGAUGUUGUUUAAAUCACAUAUAUGUGUAUUUAUAUUCACCGAUUUUUUGGCGUAGGGGUUCCAUUACUCGUUAGCUUCAGCACAAAUCCAAAAAAGCAAACAUCUCUCAGCUAAUCGGCUACGUUCAGGGUAAGUGGCAACAUGGUGUGAAUUCGUUCUUUUGGCUGAAUUACUCUUUUAAGCACAUAUGAAUCAAGUUUACGAUUUACUUUUUUUUGCGUGAGAAUUUUAAUGCUACUGUCUGUACAUUAUCUUCAUCUGCCACCUUAUGAUGCACAUUAAGAAUUAGAGCUUCAUGCACUUUUAUUUCUGAACCUGACAGAGGACUUGUUCAGAUCAGGAAACACGGAUCUGUGGGAUGCGCCGAAAGCCUAACGACUGCAACUCACUCUCUCUUAUCUGCUGAAAGGUUGACGUUAUGUCAGUUCUCGUGUAGUGCCUUAGACUUUAUUUGGUGAGUUUCUCAGUUCUGAUUUGUUUAUGCACUUGUGAUGAAAGUUGAUGAGUGUGCCUUCUAAAGAAUGUGUUUGAUCAGUUGUUAAAUCGAGUGCCUACAUUUAUCACGCAACCAAAGAUGCAACUGGAUGCAAUUUUGAUACAAAACAUUAAUAAAGAGAUGUCGGCUUUUCUCAGAA